AGCCUUGAAGUUGGCCGCGAGUAGGGGAGGAGGAGGGAGAGAGUGAGAGAGGUGGGUACCUAGGUGGAAGGACGGAGGGGCGGAGGGGCCGAGGGCCCGAGGACAGGAGGGCCCGAAGACAGGAGGGCCGGAGGGCGGGCCUUUCAGAAAGGACCUCCGUCCUUCACUUCCUGUUUGCGGGAACUUCUGAAUCCGGGUCAAGGGGGGUUCACCUCCUUAUCUUCUCCGGGGCUGACCCGGCAGUUUCAGUGACAGCGGCUUCUGACUCGGUCCAGGGCUGGUUUCAUCUUACGACCUGCUGAGUCCGGACGUCCACACCUGUCUCGGGACGCUAAGGCUCGCUUCCUUCACCUACUGGCUGUCAGCCACGGGCCUUGAGUGACCGCCGCCGCCGGGGGUCCUCGCCAUCCCCUCCGCGCUGAUGCUGAGAGGGAGCGCGGGCCCGGGGCGGCGGCGGAGUGCGAGCCUCUGGCUCCCUAGGCCCGCCGCGGGCGGUGCUGGUUCUUACGUUCCCCGGGCUUGCCACCUCCCGCCAGGGCUUGGAUGGGCCCCUCUGCCCGAUAAAUGUGGCUGCUGAGACUGCGGUGGCGGUGGUCCGUCCCGCUGCUGCGCUCCGAGUUCACCUUUGCCGCGGGACUCUCCUGCCCCACGUCGGGACUGUUGCCCUCCGCUCCUAACCCCCUGGCCCUGGCCUUGCAGUUUGGAGACAAUGGACAAGAUCCUGGAGGGCCUGGUGAGUUCUUCGCACCCACUGCCCCUAAAGCGGGUGAUUGUGCGGAAGGUGGUGGAAUCGGCGGAGCAUUGGCUAGACGAAGCGCAGUGUGAAGCCAUGUUUGACCUGACUACCCGGCUCAUCCUGGAGGGCCAAGACCCCUUUCAGCGGCAGGUGGGGCACCAAGUGCUGGAAGCCUACGCACGAUACCACCGGCCGGAGUUCGAGUCCUUCUUCAACAAGACAUUCGUGUUGGGCCUCCUUCAGCAGGGCUACCACUCGCUGGACAGGAAGGACGUAGCCAUUCUGGACUACAUUCACAACGGCCUGAAGCUGAUCAUGAGCUGCCCAUCCGUGCUGGACCUCUUCAGCCUGCUGCAAGUGGAGGUGCUACGCAUGGUGUGUGAGCGGCCGGAGCCGCAGCUGUGCGCCCGAUUGAGCGACCUCCUGACCGACUUCGUGCAGUGCAUACCCAAAGGAAAAUUGUCCAUCACCUUCUGUCAACAGCUUGUUCGAACAAUAGGCCAUUUCCAGUGCGUGUCCACCCAGGAGAAGGAGCUGCGGGAAUAUGUCUCUCAGGUGACAAAAGUGAGUAACUUGCUGCAGAACAUCUGGAAGGCCGAGCCUUCCACACUACUGCCUUCCCUGCAAGAAGUUUUUGCAAGCAUUUCUUCCACAGAUACAUCAUUUGAACCUUCUGUAGCAUUGGCAAGCCUUGUGCAGCAUAUUCCUCUUCAGAUGAUUACAGUUCUCAUCAGGAGCCUAACUACGGAUCCAAAUGUAAAAGAUGCAAGUAUGACCCAAGCUCUUUGCAGAAUGAUUGACUGGCUAUCCUGGCCAUUGGCUCAGCAUGUGGAUACAUGGGUGAUUGCACUCCUAAAAGGACUGGCAGCUGUCCAGAAGUUUACUAUUUUGAUAGAUGUUACUUUACUGAAAAUAGAACUGGUUUUUAAUCGACUUUGGUUUCCUCUUGUGAGACCUGGUGCUCUUGCAGUUCUUUCUCACAUGCUGCUCAGUUUUCAGCAUUCUCCAGAGGCAUUCCAUCUGAUUGUUCCUCACAUAGUUAAUUUGGUUCACUCCUUCAAAAGCGAUGGUCUGCCUUCCAGUACAGCCUUCUUAGUGCAGUUAACAGAACUGAUACAGUGUAUGAUGUAUCAUUAUUCUGGAUUUCCAGAUCUCUAUGAACCUAUUUUGGAAGCAAUAAAGGAUUUUCCUAAGCCCAGUGAAGAGAAGAUUAAAUUGAUUCUCAAUCAAAGUGCCUGGACUUCUCAAUCCAAUUCUUUGGCCUCCUGCUUGUCUAGACUUUCUGGAAAAUCUGAAACUGGGAAAACUGGUCUUAUUAAUCUAGGAAAUACAUGUUAUAUGAACAGUGUUAUACAAGCAUUGUUUAUGGCUACAGAUUUCAGGAGACAAGUAUUAUCUUUAAAUUUAAAUGGGUGCAAUUCAUUAAUGAAAAAAUUACAGCAUCUCUUUGCCUUUUUGGCUCAUACACAGAGAGAAGCAUAUGCACCUCGGGUAUUCUUUGAGGCUUCUAGACCUCCAUGGUUUACCGCCAGAUCACAGCAAGACUGUUCUGAAUACCUCAGGUUUCUGCUAGACAGGCUACAUGAAGAAGAAAAGAUCUUGAAAGUUCAGUCCUCACACAAGCCUUCUGAAAGUCUGGGGUGCAAUGUAACUUCUUCACAGGAAGUAGCCAGUAAGGCAGCUGUACUAACAGAAAGCCCUUGCACAAGUGAUGGUGAGAAGACUUUAAUAGAAAAAAUGUUUGGAGGAAAACUACGAACUCACAUAUGUUGUUUGAACUGCAGGAGUACCUCACAAAAAGUGGAAGCCUUUACCGAUCUUUCACUGGCCUUUUGUCCUUCCUCUUCUAUCGAAAAGUUGUCUUUUCAAGAUGCAGCAUCAUCACCCAAUACACAAGAUGGUGGUCUAAUGCAAGCCAAUGUACCUGGUCCUACUGAAGAACCAGGAGUUUAUAAUCCAGCAACAGCUGCCUUUGUUUGUGACUCAGCUAUGAAUGAAAGAAUGUUAGGCAGUCCUUCUGAUGAGUUUCGCUGUACUGAAAACACUUGUGUCCCCAAUGAAUCUAGCAGGAUUCUUGUUAAUAAAGAUGUACCUCAGAAACCAGGAGGUGGAAACACACCUUCAGUAACUGACUUACUAAAUUAUUUUUUGGCUCCAGAGAUUCUUACUGGCGACAACCAGUAUUAUUGUGAAAACUGUGCCUCUUUGCAGAAUGCCGAGAAAACUAUGCAAAUCACGGAGGAGCCUGAGUACCUUAUUCUUACUCUCCUGAGAUUUUCAUAUGAUCAAAAGUAUCAUGUGAGAAGAAAAAUUUUAGACAAUGUGUCACUGCCACUGGUUUUGGAGUUGCCAGUUAAAAGAACUACUUCUUUCUCUUCAUUGUCAGAAAGUUGGUCUAUAGAUGUUGACUUCACUGGUAUCAGUGAGAACCUAGCUAAAAAAUUAAAGCCUUCUGGAACUGAAGAAACUUGCUGCUCCAGAUUGGUGCCAUAUCUAUUAAGUUCUAUUGUUGUUCAUUCUGGUGUGUCCUCUGAAAGCGGGCAUUACUAUUCCUACGCCAGAAACAUCACAGGUACAGAGUCCUCAUACCAGAUGUGCCAUCAGUCUGAAACUCGGGCGCUAGCGUCCUCCCAGAGUCAUUUACUAGGGAGAAAUAGUCUCAGUGCAGUUAUUGAACAGGAUUUAGAAAAUAAGGAGAUGUCAAAAGAAUGGUUUUUAUUUAAUGACAGCAGAGUGACAUUUACUUCAUUUCAGUCAGUCCAGAAAAUUACGAGUAGGUUUCCAAAGGACACAGCUUAUGUGCUUUUGUAUAAAAAACAGAACAGCACUAACAGUUUAAGUGGUAGCAGCUCAACCAGUGGACUCUGGGUAAAUGGAGACCCACCUCUACAGAAAGAACUUAUGGAUGCUAUAACAAAAGACAAUAAACUGUAUUUACAGGAACAAGAGUUGAACGCUCGAGCGCGGGCCCUACAAGCUGCAUCUGCCUCCUGUUCAUUUCGCCCCAAUGGAUUUGAUGACAAUGACCCACCAGGAAGCUGUGGACCAACUGGUGGAGGGGGUGGAGGAGGAUUUAAUACAGUUGGCAGACUCGUAUUUUGAUCUUAAGAGAAUCCAAAAUGCACUGGUCACAAAACAUCUAAUACUAUGACUGUUAAAAUGUCAGACUGUAACAAAUAUCAUACCUAUCUUUUAUUUUUCUUUUCAUUAGACCCUUAUACUUUAAGAAAACACACUCAGUGCUUGUUUUUAUUUUCUUGACAAUACAUUUAUUAACAAAUGCAUCAUGGGAAAAAAAAUCUACCUCUUAAAAUUCCAAUUGCUUUUAUGGUUAGACAUGCUUGACCAAAAAUUGUCAGAGGAAAAUAUGUACCCGGUCCCUAAUUAAGCUGCACUAAAUUUAGCAGAGGCAUUUAAAUGGUCUCGUUCUCAGUUUUACUAAACAAAAAAAUAUAAUUCAUUUAGCAUCUUUUAUAAAAGAAUCGAUGCUAAAAAUGAUGGAUGUAUUAUUUAAAAAGAAAGAAAAAAUCCUUUAUUUCGUGCAUCGUACCCCAUUAUUAAAUUCAAAUCUUUUAAAAUGCUAAAAGUAAUACAGUCUCUAAUGAAGGCAAUAACAUAAAAUUUUUCAAGCUAUAGUACUUUUCAGGUUUUUGUUUAGUGCUGUUUUCAGCAUCACUGUAUCUGCAUUUCAAAUACAAAUGUUUUAAAAGAUUAUUUAUACAUAUAUGCUGAGCUGAUUUUAAGAAAGGUGCAUGAUCCUGUAGGAACAACAUUUUUACCUAAAAAUUGCUAACUUUGUAGUAUUUCUAAUUGUUUAAGGAUUUUUAAAUUCUAUUUCAGGGAGUAUAUCUUCUGUGUGUUUUGAAGGAGAUGAGUUCUGUAUGUGCCUUGCAGUACUGUAAUUCAAAAAUAGGAAUCUUUGGCUGCGGAAAAGUUUUUUAAAAAUGAAAUGCUAGGAAGUAAUUUUUUGUGCUAACAUUAAAAUUAUAACUUUUUGAAAGAUAUUAGAUUUUCCUGAAGUAAAAUCUGAUGGUUCUAAAUCAAUAAGUGUGAUAGAUUAUUUUUAAAUCAUAGAAGAAUUCAGAGGAAAUGAACCGAGGCAAGUAAAAAAAAUCUUUCUUGAUUUUGUUACUUAAUCCUCAGAUUAUUAAACAUCAAUUGCAUAUUUUUAGAGUUGGACAUUUGGGUUUUUUUUUUUUCAUUUGACUCUUGUGCUUCGCAGAGUUGUUUCUAUUUCAUAGUUUCAGAUAAAAUGGUGAAACAUCAGACCCUACCAUCCUGCAUUUUCUUUUACCAGGGAGUGGGAAACAAGUCAGUUCUCCUGGGUAUUGAUUAUAUGUAUUCUAGGAAUUAUCCUAGUUGUCCCUUUUCCUAAAAUUUUUAACUUAUCCAUGGUUGUACAUUGUUCUGAAAUCGUUCUUAUAUUUAUUUUGAAAACAUUUUAAGGAAAGAGUGUUCUUUGGUGAUUUGGAGUUUAUCUUUUUCCCAAGCAUUUAACGGUGGUAGUUAAAAAACAGAACUCCUCAUCUUCAUUCCACUGUGUCCCACUCCUAACUUGUUUGCAGUCACCAGGAAGAUUAGGAAAACUGAUUGGAUUAAAACUGGAAAUUCUUUGCAUAAUCGAUUGAGAUUUGUCUUUUUUAUAAGUGAAUGAAACAGACAAAUUUUAUUGCACUGUCUUUCCUGUGCACUUCCUCUUGUCUUAAUAGUAUAUUCCUAAGCUACUCUAUGUGUUGGGUUAUCUACUGGCUAAUUAAUGAUUUAUUAACAGAUUAUAUCAGUAUAUAGCAUUUACUGAAGUUGGUAAAGUCAUUUAAUACUUGGUACAUUAAUAUUGGACUCAGCUGCUCCUGGGAACUUUUUUUUUUUUUUUUUUAGAUUUUAUUUAUUUACUUGACAGAGAUAGAGACAGCCAGCGAGAGAGGGAACACAAGCAAGGGGAGUGGGAGAGGAAGAAGCAGGCUCAUAGCAGAGGAGCCUGAUGUGGCGCUCGAUCCCACAAUGCUGGGAUCAUGCCCUGAGCCGAAGGCAGACGCUUAACCGCUGUGCCACCCAGGCGCCCCUGCUCCUAGGAACUUUCUUAAAGACAGACCUACACAUGGUUUUAUCUAUGAGUACCAAAUCAUUCAAGGAUUUUAUGUGUCAAGGUAAUACUGAAUAUUCAAAAUGAUAAAAAGAUGAAAUUCUAGUUGUAGAAUAAUGCUGACAUUAUUUAGGUGAUAAUUUCAUACCAGUAGCAAAGACUUGAAAUUAAAGACUUCCUCUUCAGAUUAAAACUAUAAUAACAUUAAUCAUUUGCUGAAUUUGAAAUAUAUUAUAUCUUUAUAAAUGAGCUUGAAACUUGAAACCAGAAAAACCAGAGGCUCCAUUUCUCACAUUCCUAACCCUUGUCCUUUCCUCUGUCUCUUGCAAAUUCUAUAAGGUCUGACUGUGCUAGACUACUAUUGCUGCUUCCCUUUAGUUCAUUCCAAGGUAAUCAGUGCUGCCCAAAAAAGCAUGUUAGGCCCCACUACUAACAAAAACGAAAAACUGGAAAUCUAAGUCUGUUCCUUUCGAAGAUCUUUAUUGACACAUUGAGAAAAAUAGAAUUUUUCUUCAGAGAGCUAUGCAAAGAAGAAAAUAUAUAUGAUGUGGUCAGUCAUGCAAGCCCUUGUAAUCCAUUCAUUAAGCAGGUGCCUGUACAACUCUGACUUGUAACAUUUGCGUAGCUCAAGAUGGAGAACAGAAUGUAAUUCAUUCUUUGUUUGAGCUUCUUCCCACCACCCCCUUCUAGCUGAAUAAUCAGAGAAAGAGCAACACUGGGCUUAAGACCCCUGACUUUUGUCUCUGUACCUGAAGACUCCAGAAGAAUCCUUUGGAUGUAGAAAUAAAGAUUCCUCGUGAUGUCUAGAGGUACUGGGUCCUUAUGACAGGUUCAAAAAAGCCUACUAUUAACUCAAAGCUAGAAAGAACAAAAAAUAUUUCAGAACUAAGUUUUAAGCUGAAAUCUGUAAUGUUCUUUCUCAAUUAGUUCUAUUCUCUUUAUGAUGAUGUUAUUUACAAAACUAGUCUUUUCAUAUACUACCUCAUUAAAAGCUUUUGCUACCCUCUUAUAAGAUGGGUUUGAAUGCUUGUGGGUGCAGCACGGUUGAAGAAAAACAGUUGGCAUAGUCUUUCCCAUGCACAGAUGUUCAUGGAAAUCACCAUUUUGAUGUUGUGUACUUUGUUCCAGUCCUUAAUUCUCAGUAUAUCUUUUUCCUGUGAUUGUGCACUUCACAUAAUGUACCCUACACAAAGAGAGCUUUUUAAGUGACUGUUUCAGAGGAAAUAAUAGCCAUACAUUUAUGUAUAGCAUCUUUUCUCAUAUGAAUGCUAUACUUUCUGUAUCCUUUCAUCCUUUGCUUUUUUCUAAUGAGUUCAGAUUUCUAAAACUAUUGUUGAAGUAAAGAAGGAUAAGUUAUUCACAUUUUAUAAAAAUGUAUGAAGAAGUGUUAACUGACUUCUAUUAACUCAGUAACGUCAUCUGAGGGAGUAAGGCUAAACCUUGGAUGAUGUAAUCUGAGAGGUUAAAGUGCAACAGCUAGCAAAUUUGAAUUAAAAAUUAUCUCAAGGAAGCUUUAAAAAUAAGUCUAAAAUAUAAGUUGCUCCAUAUAUACAUUCUUAAGCAUUUACCAAACUGUCACGUACCAUCAUAGUGUUAGCCUUAUUUUGUUAUUACUAAGUUAAUUUUCUUAUAGAAUUCUAUGGAGUGAGUAAAUCUCAAAGUGAAUGGGGGAUUUAAAAAAACAAAGAUUUAAAAUAAAAAAUGCUUUUAAAAAAAGCCAUAUUGUAAAGAAACUGCAGCUUCCCCUUAUAAAAAGAAAUCAUUAUAGAACUAAUUUUUAAAGAAAUGAAAUAAAGAUUAUUAUAAAAUCAACUGUCUGGGUUUUACAGAUUCAAAGGGAUUUGUUAUAUAAAACCUUUAGCCCCAAUGUUAUAUAACCAGUGUGGAUUUGACAUUAAAAAUAGAAUCUAAUAAGUCAGCCAAGUGUGUUGCCAGCACUCAUCAGUGUCAGUUAUGGCCUGCAGUUGUUUUUCUCUUAAUCGCAUGUUUUCACAUUUUGCUUUGUGUGCUAGACACACACACACACACGUACACAUACACCUUCAUUUCAGAGAGAUGAAAAAGCCUUCCCUAGCUAGAUCGGCAGUUUUCAACUUUGCGUUCAUGUUAAAAUCACUCGGAGAGUUUAUAAAAAAUAACAGCAUAUCCAGACUGAUUAAAUUAUGUGAGGACAGGGCAUCCAUAUUUUUUGAAGUUCCUCAUGUAAUUUUGAUGUGCAGCAUUGGUUGAGAACUUCUGAGCUAGAAAAGGAGUUUUUUCCUAGGGCUUUUAUCCAAGAGAACUAUUAUAUUGACUGUCUACUUGUAUGGGAGACUGGUUGAUAUUUAUAUGCCUUUUUGCUAAUAACUUUGCUCUCCCUAACCCCAUUUCAGAUCAACAAAUAAAGUCUAAUUGCUCAAAAUCAUGCAGCUAAAAAAUAAAAAAUUGAGAUUUUAAAAAUCA